AUGGACUCUUUCAAGAACCUUGUCCCUCAGCAAGCCUUGGUUAUCCGUGAUGGUGAGAAGAAUAAUAUCAAUGCUGAAGAAGUUGUGGUUGGAGAUCUUGUGGAAGUCAAAGGUGGCGAUAGAAUUCCUGCUGAUCUGCGUAUCAUUUCUGCUCAUGGAUGCAAGGUGGACAACUCCUCCCUCACUGGAGAAUCUGAGCCCCAGACUCGUACUCCUGACUUCUCCAAUGAAAACCCACUGGAGACCAGGAACAUUGCGUUUUUCUCUACCAACUGUGUUGAAGGAACUGCCAGGGGUGUCGUCAUCAACACUGGUGACCGCACUGUCAUGGGUCGUAUUGCCACUCUCGCUUCUGGUCUUGAAGUUGGUCGCACUCCCAUCUCAAUUGAGAUUGAGCACUUUAUCCACAUCAUCACUGGUGUAGCCGUCUUCCUGGGUGUCUCCUUCUUCAUCCUCUCCCUGAUCCUUGGCUACUCUUGGUUGGAAGCUGUCAUCUUCCUCAUUGGUAUCAUUGUCGCUAAUGUGCCAGAAGGUCUCCUGGCUACCGUAACAGUGUGUUUGACUCUGACUGCCAAACGUAUGGCAAAGAAGAACUGCCUGGUGAAGAAUCUCGAAGCCGUGGAAACUCUUGGCUCGACCUCCACCAUCUGCUCUGACAAGACU